UGGAGAGGAGCAGGACGGUGCAGUCGCUUUCUCAGUUCAUCUCUCGCUUUCUCAAACUGGAUGCCAAUGAACAACUGUUCAUUUACGUUAACCAGUCGUUCGCGCCAUCACCGGACCAAGAAGUGGGGGUCCUCUUUGACGCUCUCGAUGAACAAAGAUGAGCGAGGACUGUGAGGCUCCUCCACUGCGGCCAACACUUUUCUCAUCCGAUGUACCUCCUCUCACUGAACUCAAGAAGGACUUUGAGCGUUGCAGUCCAAAAUGAACAAGCCAGGCCAUGCAGUCUUAAUCGGCAGGCGGGGGGGGGGGAGAAAGUAACGAGUGACUCCGAGCGCCCGACGACUAUGCGGACAUUUUGAAACCCGUUUGUGCUCCAUCGCCCUUGGUUGCGUUUCCUUGAGGUGAGACGACACAUUGGAAAAGUCGCUGGGCGUCGCCCAAAAGUCGACAAACCGCUCAUCUCGCUUUUUGGGCCAUGUCGUUUUACAACAGCUGCCCUUCUCGUGGCGGAUUUGACAAAGGCCCAGUUAGGUAACAGUGUGAGGAAAGAAAAAAAAAAAAUCAAUAGUAAGCUUUCCAGGCAAGCCCUCCUCCAGCAGUUUGGCGAACCUUGGAAAUCCCCUCUUGUGCAUUUUUUUACCUCCAUCUGUUUGCCUGCACAUGCAUCAACUUGACAGCAUCUUCCUCCCCCCCCCCCACCCCCUGCCCGCCCUUUUAAUCACUCUCCGGCGGUUACGUCACAUUCAUCUUUGCCGCACGGUUUAUUAAACCUGGCAAGCUCCAUCACCUCCCGCCAACCGGAAGCAUCUGUUCCCCGCGUCCCUCCUCUUUUUUUGCCGCCGCUAGCCGCUCCGCGCCGCAUUCGUCUCCCCGGCGCCUUCGGCCAUGCCGGAGCGCAUGUCGCGGCGCUCGCGCUCGCUGCUCUCCCUGACCUUGACCUCUUUGGCCCUGGCGCUGUCCAUCCUGGCCCUGUGCACCUCCUACUGGUGCGAGGGAACCCACAAGGUGGUCAAGCCCCUCUGCCUGUCGCCGGUCAAGAUGAAGAACUGCGGGCAGAACAACAGCGAGCCUUACACCACAGAGAGCCCGACCCAAAACCCUUUCAACCGCACGCUGUCUCCAGCCAGACGCGAUGAGCUGGCCAAGAUCCGCCAGAGGCAGCUGGCCAACGCCGUUCACUACAUCUGGGAGACGGGCGAGGACAAGUUUGCCUUUCGAUACUUCCACACCGGCUUUUGGGAAAGCUGCGAGAAACACAAUGAUGGGGAGAAAUGCAGAAGCUUCAUCGAGUUGACUCCAGGGGAGACUCAAGGUGUGCUUUGGCUGUCGGUCAUAUCCGAGUUCACGUACAUCGGCCUGCUCGGGAUGGGCUUCUUGCUCAUGUGGCUGGAAGUGUUGUGCGCUCACAAAGAGAUGCACUCGCUCAAAAUCAGUGCCUACGCUGCCAUGUGCACCGUGCUGUCAGGUCUUCUGGGGAUGGUGGCCCACAUGAUGUACACCACCGUGUUCCAGAUGACGGUCAUUGUGGGGCCCAAAGACUGGAGGCCUCAGACCUGGGACUAUGGCUGGUCUUUUGCUCUCGCCUGGGUGUCCUUCAGCUGCUGCAUGGGCGCCGCCGUGGUGACGCUCAACUCCUACACCAAGACCAUCAUCGAGCUGCGCCGCAAACAGAGGCUUCGCCUGGAGGAGGCGCGGGCCGUCGCCCGGGCCCCCUGCUACGAGGAGGUGGUCUCCGGCGGGGGCGGCGGGGGCGGGGCGGGGGGCUUCUACUCCGUUAGCGGCCUGCUGCAGUGUCCCGACGGCAUGAUCGACGUGGCCUGGGCCCCCAACGGCAGCGUGGUGGGCGUGGCCAACGGGGACGUGCCGACGCUGGUUUUAGUGGGAGGCUGCGGGCCGGAGGGCUGCGAAGACUGCGAGCGGGAGAUGGACGAGAUGGAGGGGCCCGUGGACCGAGUGGACUCGCCUUGCUGAGGGAGAGAGAGAGACCAAGAGACCACCGGCCUCCAUCCCUCCAGGAGCUUAAAAACUGAAGCUGGAGCCUCACGAACAAGGUGAAGGAAACUUUGCUCCAACUCGGUCCAUGUCACAUCCGCCCACAAUGACCACGGGCCAGAGUGACAUGCGGGGGUGCAUGCUCUCUGGGGGGGGUUUCUCAGUGCCUCACGGGAGAAAGGCUCACUCACAUGUGUGUGUGUGUACAAACGCAAUACGCAUUCACCAGACACUUCAUUAGGUACACCCACGGAAUCGAACGAGAGUCAAUCAAGUCCCGUCGAUGUUUUGAUGGAGCUCCGGUUCAGAACAAAAUUUAAAAUCAAGAAUGAUUCUUCUCACUCAUCUGACGGGAGCGGCGAGAGAGUGACGGGCACAACAACCGAGGACGGAACGAUCCAUUCCCGUAGCGCCAACACCCGCAGGGUACGGUCAAAAAGCUCCGUCACCGAUUUUGCUUUUACAAAGACGAUAAGACAAAGACGACACCGUUCAAAUAUUGUCAAGCGGUGGUUCAAUAAAAUCAUGGAAAAAUAGUUCAAGUCAAAAAAUGAUUUGUUUCAGCAAGGGUGUCAUGUCGGAAUUCAUCACAGGCUUCAU